CUGCCAGGAGAGCAUGAGUGAUCAGGAGAGGGAGACAGAAGAGGAUGAGGGAGGGGGUACCUUGGACACGGCACCCAUGCUGCCUCAAAGGCCUCCUGACCAUCACACCUCAGCCCUGAGACGCUCAGGGUGGUCUGGUCUGGCCAUCCGAGGCCUCAAGACCCUGCUGCUGCCUGGGAGGGCCCUGGCUGUGCUCCUGCUCCAUCUGCUGCUGCCUGGAACCGUUUUUCUGCUGUUACUGCUGCCCGCAGCUGGCAUCGUCUACCUGGGAUUCCUGUGCCACUCCAGGGUCCACCCGGCGCCCGGCCCCAGGUGCCGCGCGCUGCUCUCGGAUCGCGGCUCCGCUGCGCUCAUCGUGUUGGGCUUCCUCUCGCUGCCGCCGCUGCUCGUGCUGGCCUCGGCCGCCCGCGCCCGCCUGAUCCGACAUCUCCGCCUGCUGCUGCCGUCCCCAGCGGGGAACCCGGGGUCCCACGAGGAGCAGUUCUGUGCCUGGGCGUGA